UGCGUCCUGCGCUGCGAGCUUUGAUAAGUUAAAUGUGUUUUUUGUGCAAGACUGAUUAAACUAAUGCAGACUAGAACAAACAUCUGAAUGAAUAAAGUGUCUGUGCGUCUAUGAGCUGUCCCAUGCUGUUUCUGCUAGGUUUUCUGUAUUAGGCACAGUGCAGUACAACAGAGCUCAAAGUGUUUACGUGGACGCCUUUGGGGCUGUUUGGGGGGGAAAGAAGGGGGUAAGUUCCCUAAAUCCAGGGAAAAUACACUGAACUCUUUCAUAUGAAAAUGCACUGAUGACUUGUCACCACUAGGACACUGCGCUCCCGGGCGAUCUGCGCAAAAAUGAUGAGUCUGACAUCUUUUGAACGCGUCGUCUUUAAAGUGUCUGUGAUUAGUGACAUAAAUAAUGUAACGUCUUCUGGAAGUGGGUCAGCAGAGUGUCUGCAUAGUCACCAAAUUGCUGGGAUGAUUGUCAUCUUUACAAUAUUUCUAAGAAGAAGAGUGGAUCAAAACACACACACACACACACACACACACACACACACACACACACACACACACAUAUUAUACAUACAUAUAUACAAACCCUGCACACACACUAAAUUAUAUAUAACUGUUAUAUAUAUAUUAAUUAUCCUCUCAUUUGAUCUUUAAUACCUUACACAUACAUAAAUUAUUUGUUGUACAUAAAUCAUAAAUGAUGUUUCUCCAUCCUCUAAGUUAACAAGAUGUGGACUGUACAAAUAAUAAUUUUUAAGUGCCUAUUCUCGUGUUGUUGAGUCAGUUGGAGGCCAAGUCAAAUCUCACAUCUUAAAUAAAUUGAUACAGUGACAUUGUAUUUACAUUACAGAAAUUCUGCAUGCAAAAUCUGGAUCAACUAGUAAUAAAUCACCAGGCAUGUAUUAAUAUUCUGGUGUUGUGCUCUCCCUCAGACUUUGACACACUGCUACAUAGCUGUAUCUUCCUCUGCCAGAAUGAUUUUUAUUUUUCAUCUUCGGUUAGCAUGGGGUCUGGAUCGGAUUUUUGGAAAUAUGACACUGAUGUUUUGAUAUUUUUUACAUCUUAGAGGGAAAAAACUUGGAGUUCAGAGCUGGAGGCUCUUUCCACAUUUCCAUUGCCAGAUAUGGUUGCUUGAUGCCUGAUGUGUAUGUAGCCUCAUGCCACAUAUUCAGCUAAAUCACAAGCUCUUUUUAGGUGCUUGUAGCAUUUUUAAUCUGGUUUAUGUUUGCAUCAGGCCAGUUGGCUUGUAGGGGACUCUUUCUGGAGUGUUCUGUGUAUAUUAGCACACAAAGUACACUUUGCUUUCAGAAAACAUUGUUUAUAUCCCAGCAGAAGCAGAAUAAAUCCCCUCAAACCUUGGUUUCUCUGUCCAAGAUUUUUUUUUUUUGUUUAGUGAAUUAAUUUUAAAAAAGCAAAGAGUCUUGCUCGGACUCGCUCAGACAUGUGAAUUUCCUGUGCUGCUGGAAACAGAUUUCAAGAAGCUGCAGAGAUGUGCGUGUUGCGGUGGUAGAACCGAUUGCUAAAUGACCAGUUCAUCUUCACUUCGGGGACCGUUAGAGUUAAAGUGCUGGAAUUGGGAUUCAGAAAAAUGUUGACUGUGUGAGCUUGUGGCUCAUGUCAUUGGGUUUUAGGUUGUGGUUGCGGUCCAGACGUCAAUUUGUAAAUGCACUGGAGGUCCAAUUUACGAGUUCAACAGAUCGUCAGACUCGCAUACUGGCUUUAUUUGCAUGUGUAAAGUAAACGGCGGUAAAAUAAAUGAUGCUUUACAACAUUUUGGCGAAAGACCUCAAAUGCUGUACGUUGUUUAUUCACAAAGACUGGGUGGUUGUUUGUGUUUUAUGGCCCUGUGAGCACAAACACAGACUCACGCUGGUUAAAACAUGAACACAUGUUUCAAGAUUAAGACUGUCCUGACCUGAGAACUAGUUUCAGUGAGUUGCAUGUGCUUUUAUGUAGUUGUGAAAUACCCACAUACUCAAAUGUAAAUUAUUCAAACUGUCUGAACUAACUGUUUUGACUAAUAUGAUAAACCAGUAGCUCUAAUUUACAAAAGCGAACUAGCUUGUUGCAUUAUAAGAGAAAACGAUAAGUUGUGACUUUAUGUAAACAUUAUGUAAACAAUCGAAAUAGAAAAGGGAUGUUUAUGAAGACAAACUCUGAUCUGGAUGUUUGCGAAGGAACUGAUAUUGUGUAAAGCCUGUACUUGACUCUCAGACCGUACUUAUGUUGGAUUUGUGAAUCUAUGAGGCUGGAACUGUUGCAGACACUGAACACAGGGAGCCCGAGGGAUCUUACUUUCUGAUGACUAAUGACUGCAGAACGUCCAUCCAAGAGUGAGCCGGUUUUAUGCUAAACAUAGUUGUGAAGAAUCCUUUCCAGGACUGGAGUAAAACAGAAGGUGCAGCAGAAGCUAUAUGGUUUAGUUACCGUACAGUUUUCUUAAGUGGAAACUCCCUAUUUGUAAGUGUGUGUAGGAGAGAGAGAGAGAGGAACUGAGCCAAGUCAGUGAGUAUUCUGCGUUACACAACGUUCUGCUGAGCUUAACAGAAUGGAACAGGAAAACUCAUCUGCCAAAUGGAGCAAACACACACACAUGAUCCCUGUGGAGUGUUUUCCAUGAUAGAAGUUGGAAAACUGUGGUCCUGUCAUGAUUCGCCUUUAGCUCUGCAUUUACAUUGUGUGUGUGUGUGUGUGUGUGUGUGUGUGUGCUGAGUCUCUUGAGUUCUUGUUACUGCAUCAGAGGGAGCUUUGAUCUAACUUGCUGUGUGAUCUGCCAUCCCCACACUUACACACACACAAGAGACAAAAGAACAGAACUAGAGGGAAUAAAAAAGCGAAUCAGCAUCAAUUUAUAUGCACUGAAUGCAGGCUCUUGUUUUUUGUGUUUGAUCCCAGUCUAAGAGAGCGAUCUGUGGGUAAUGGAGUUUUCCGUGUUUUUUGAAGCUGGCCUUGUUUUAAGUUUCUGGAUCACUUACUUUCGGAUUGCAGUAAGUACAAGUCACAGAAUUAGAUGGAAUAGAACACCAAAACCUAUUUCUUUUGGAAAACAUUCAUGGUUUUUUUCUCUGCAGCAUGAUUGAUGGAAGUCGAAAUUACACGUUGACUGUCGUAAAAUAACUUCUGUCAUGACAUUCAAAGUAAAUAAAGAAUGUAAAAUUAGCUGCUACUAGUCUGACCUCUGAACGAAGCCACGGCAACAUUUAUUCCAUCUAUUCCUUCCAUGCAAAGCAUGUUAUCCUAAUAUAGUAUUAUAUGUUAUUUUACGUGGCUGCCAUUUUCACUGCAUCUCUCUGUGACACACUGUAAUUCAUUACAUUACCUGCAGGGGUCAUUGUUGGAUUUCAUGCCAUGCUAUAAAUGCAACAAACCCAGAUUUCAGAUGUUAGCGAUGUAAGCCUCAGAGUAAAAAAUAAAAUAAUAUUAAUGCAAAUAUAAUUGCAAGAAGGUUUGGAAAAGGAAAUAAAUUCACAUUUAUGAAGUUAAAAAGGUCAAGAUAAGUGAAAUAUUAAGCUACAAAAUGAUAAAUAAAUACAAAUAGGGAACGGUAAGAUUAAAGGAAAUAUUUACUGAACAAAAAAACAUUAUUUAACACGUCUCUAUUUGAAACGUAAUUUAUUCCUGUGAUGGAAAUCUGAAUUUUUAGCAGCCGUUCUCAGUGUCACAUAAUUCUUCACAAAUGAUUAUGCUGAUUUGGUUGUUCAGAUAAUAUUUCGUUGUAUUAUCGGUCCUGAAAACAGUCCUCUUGAACAGACUUUUGACAGAUUUUUGUUCUGAGGUUUACACAUGUUAACAGACUGAACUUAAAAACAGUGCAAGGUAUUACAACAAAAAACAAACUGCGGUUUGCUUUGUUCUAAUACAUCCACGCGCGAUAGCACAGCUGAAUCUGAAAUUCUGCGGUAAUGCCAACUCUUUCUCGCUUUUGCUGUCCUAAACUGUUUUGCAGGCUCUGGAUACUGGCCAUACACUGAUGAUGAAGAUGUGAGAUACACAGGUGAUCGCACGCAAGGACAUAUCACAUGAAACGCACACACUGAUCUCAAAACCCCAUUACGCACAACUCAAACCCAUCUUCGCUCAGUAAAACACUUUUAGCACAUUAUAACACAUGAGCGCUGCCGUCAGAGCACAUAGAUUCACGACACAGAGGACACUACAUGUCUGACUGCCUGCUUAGGCCUCAGGCCUCUGACUGCUUCCUCUUCUUCCGCGGCUGUGCUACUUUAUCUGUGUUCAUGUUUCUCCAUGCAUGUCUGGAUGAUGCCAGUUGUCAAGGUAGGUUCAUGAGAACGUGUGUUAUGUGUGCUUUGUUAUGUUUUUCUUCGCUGUAUUUGCGUACGUGCGUGAUAAGGCGUCUCUUUCUAGGCGUUCCGUGGUGUGCUCCAGUGAAAGUCAAACACGGUCACAUCAGCUGCCAGACACCACGUGGAGAACGUUAUAAGAAUGUUCUGGGAACCCGCUGCAAGAUCCGCUGUAAGACAGGCUACGAGAUGCACGGCAGCAGCGAGAUCCUCUGUAUGGCCAGCAAACAGUGGUCUGGAAACUACGCUUGCAGAGAGGUCCGCUGCCCUAAACUGGCCAUGCCGUCUAACGGAGGUUAUAAGUGUUCAGACGGAUCGUACUUCAACUCCCGCUGCCAGUUCUUCUGCUCACCGGGGUACACGCUUCGAGGAGGCCACAGCGCCACCUGCCAAAGCAGCAGAACGUGGAGCGGUGCUAACAGCGUGUGCGUAGAUGUGGAUCCCCCCGUUAUUAAGUGCCCUAAUAUAAAGGAGAAGACCGCAGAACCGGGAAAACUCACCGCCAAAGUGACGUGGGACACACCAGAGGGCAAAGACACGGCAGACGGCAUCCUGACAGACGUUAUACUGAAAGGAAAGCCCUCAGGCUCACAGUUUUCAGAAGGAAAUCACAAAUUAUCAUAUACCGUGUUUGACCGAGCCGAGAACAAGGCGUCCUGCCGGUUCAACGUUCGAGUGAGAGUGCGCCGCUGUACUCCUCUCUCCGUCCCUGACAAUGGCUGGAUGAAAUGCGACAGUGCCGGUGAUAAUUACGGGGCCACAUGUGAAUUUCGCUGUCUGGGCGGCUACGACCUGAGGGGCAGCGCUGCCAGAGUCUGCCAGUUUAACAUGGAGUGGUCUGGCCUGGAGACUUCCUGUGCUCCCAUGAAUAUUAAUGUUGGUGUGCGAUCCGCUGCUGUAUUACUGGACCAGUUCUAUGAGAAACGCCGCGUUCUGAUCAUCUCUGCCCCCUCAGCUGCCAAUCACUACUACAGAUUCCAGAUGACUAAUUUACAGCAUGCCCAGUGCGGUCUGGACUUGAGACAUGUGACAGUGAUCGAGCUGGUGGGCGUUUAUCCAGCUCAGAUUGGCCGCAUUAGACACAGACUCAUCCCUCCAGGACUAGCUCUACAACUCAGGUUGCAGCUGCAGCUGUCUCAGAACUCAUUUAACAUGGUGCUGCUGGACAAACAGGGAGUGGACAAACAGCGCUACACUUUCCCCAUCACAGCAGCGGAGAUCUUUACCACCAUCGACACAUUUCCCCUCCGCACCGAGGAGGCCAUUCUACAGAAAGAGGCCGGACAUAGCUGCUAGAUGUAUAUAUAUAUACACACACAUUUACACAUCUGUUUCUACUGGUUAUAAAGCUACCAGCCUACGAGAGAGAGUCUGGAUAGAGCUGCUACAUCUUGACACAUAUUGAAAACAUACACACACAUCUCUAAAAAUGAGUCUCUGUUGUUCGUCUUUUUUACGAUGCUCUACUCUAUUUUAUUUGUCUGGUGUUUCUAUUUAUAUCGGAGCGGAUGGUCUACUUUUUCCUGAGAAAUACUGUCAAAGCAAUAUUAAUGCAAUAAAGGCCUGUUUGAUGAUUGAUAUGA